GCCUGCGCACAUGCGCACGACUGCAUCGACCAAUCGUUCACCUCGAUACAUCGAGAGAAGUUCCUAUUGUGUGGCGCGAUAUUGCGAGCAAAAGGUGUGCAGUGUGUUUGUUUCUUUCCCACGAGCGAUAGCGGUUCGUGAAAAUGAGUCAAGAAAAUCAAAUAACUCCUCCUCCUGUGAUGUGGGCGCAGAGAAAAUCACUUCUGUAUGUGACAAUUUGUCUGGAAGACUGCAAGGACCCAACGAUAAAGAUCGAGCCAGAGAAAGUAUACUUCAAGGGCACCGGUGGUACAGAGAGAAAGGACCACGAGGUGACGAUUAAUUUAUACAAAGAGAUUGAUCCAGAAAAGUCCGUGCAGAAUGCUAAAGGCAGACUCAUCGAGCUCAUACUCGCGAAGAAGGAGGAGGGACCCUACUGGCCACGAUUGGUCAAGGAGAACAACAAGUAUCACUGGUUGAAGAGCGAUUUCAACAAGUGGAAGGACGAGGAUGACAGUGAUAACGAGAGUGAUGAAAACAAUCCACACGAUCUGGAAUCGGUCAUGAAGAAUAUGGGCUACCUUGGUGGUGGUGGACCUGGCGACACACGGCCAACACUUGAUGACCUCGACGACAUGGCUGACGAGGCAGACGGCGCGGACAGCGAUGACGAUGAGAUGCCCGAUCUCGAGUGAACGAGAGCUCCCUUCACAGACCAAAUCGAUAAAUAAAAUUUAAAAAGCAAAAAAAACACAAAAAACGUUUUAAAUCCUCUUAAAAACGUGUUGCCACUUUUUUAUAUUCCGAAGAAUGGGGAGAAAAAUUGUGCACACCGCGAAAGGCACGAUUCUUAAGUUAGGCCUCGAUGAACAAUUUUAACAUCAAGUUAAUGCCUAGGAUAUUAACGAUAUCGCGAGGGCUUUCAAUUAAAAAAAAAUAAUGUAACUGACAACUCAAGUGACAUGUGCCAGCGGCCAGUCCGUUAGACAAAUGAUAACGACGUAACUUAAGAUAAUAAAACGAAGAAAAAAAAUAUGGACGAAUAAUUAACAGAAUCGAUAUUCCCAUUCCCUGGCCCCAUUAAUUCCUAUUAUCAUUACAUGUAGACUCGUAAUUAAUUAAGAUUUAUUAAAUUGUAAUGAGCAAGCUUGUUCUAAUGAAUUGAAUGUGUAAAAUAUAAUGGAAAAAUAUCAAA